UUGCUAAAGAUCACUGUAAUCGGUACCAGAUGAAAGCGUUGUUAUCUAUAAAUUGGAACCACGAAAACUCUUGUGACACUACCGUUGUCUCUCCCGGCAACAACGCUACUCGAGAAAACAAAAUUAGAGUUUUAAGAUGCGGCUUUUGUUACUAAUAGAACUUUUAGCAUGUGCUUUAAUAUCAACAAGAGCACGAAAUAUUGCCAACUUGAAAGGCGAAAGCGCAGUACAACAUGCAGUAUCUGAAUUAACAGCGCCUACAGCCGCAGACUUGGCUCCAGCUGGUACCGUGUCCAUUGACCAAUCACCUGCAGGAACAGAACAUAAAAAAGCUAAAGAAAGUCAUCAAGAACAUGGUGGUGGUCAUGAGCACCACGCACAUCACCACAAAGACGAUGAAGAAAAAGGUGAUAAGGGUUAUAAGUCACAUCAUCACCAUGAUAAGGGAGAGCACGGGCAUCACGAAAAGCAUCACCACGAAGGUCAUCAUGGUGAACAUGGAGGACACAAAAAGAAACACCACGACGAACACGAUCAUCACGGCGAACAUCACGAAGCUGCACAUGGUCAUAAAGGUGGAAAGUUUGGUCACAAAAAGGGCCACAAGAAAGGCUCUAAAACCACCGGCUUUCACCACAAAUCACACAAAGACGAAUACCACAAAGAACAUAAAUUUUACGACGACUUUCACAAAGGCGGUCACCAUCACAAACAUGGAGAUUUCCAUGGACACCACGACAAAAAGGGAGGACAUCACAAAAAGGGUGGUCACCACGAGAAAGGUCAUCAUGAAAAGCAUCAUGGGAAAAAGGGACAUCACAAUAAGGGUCACUAUGAUGAAGAUCAUAAAGGGCAUAAAGGUCACCAUGGUCAUGAAGAACACCACGCCCACCACGAGGACCACGGAAAGAAGGGUGGUCACGCCGGUGGAAAGGAACACGGAUACAGCCAUGGCAAAAAGGCUUAACGUUAUGGUUUUACAGAUCUCAUAUAUUUUGUUGCCUGUUUUGUUAAGUGAUUAUCUUGGUUACAAACGAGUCAUAAAUUUAUUUAAUACUAAGAUAAUUUCUUAGGACUAUUUAAUUUUAAAAUGUGUUGUUAAAAAUUGCUAGCCUUGUUAGUCUUGAAGAGGUACUAUAA